AACCGCGAAGAUUCAUUACAAAAUUAGCUUUCUUCUCGGGCACGUAUGCAAUCAUCGCGCAGCUUGCGUGCACACCAAAUACUUGGUACGAGCGCUGACUUCGUUUUCAUAUUCAAACAAAAGACCAGUUACAUUGUUGUUACUGAUAUACCAUACAGGGUACGCGUCACAAAGAGGAACAUACAAUAUGCAAAUGACCGGGACGAGACAUCAGAGGCUGAAGACGCUAACCGCUAAGCUAGAUACACAGAUGGAUCGAUGAAGCGAAACUCUAUCUCGAGGAUCAUCUCUAUUUAGUAUGUUCUUCACAUGAGAAUACUUCUUCGAUGGGGCAGGGCUUACGGAGAAGGCACCUUUGUAUUUCAUUUGGUCGCUAAUGCGUUUAUGAUCGAUGAUCUGCGGAUGCUGUAUGAAAUCUGUCGAGUGCAUGAUUCAGAUUCAACAUUUUUUCGUUAGGAUUCCACAGCAAAAAAGACGCACUCACGAUGUAUGCAAUGUAGAGCGCCUAUGGAAAAACGAUGGGACUGCAUCUUAUGUAACGUGCAUCCACAAAGUCCUCUUUCAGCCUGGCAGCCCUAAAGCGCGAUGGUGUAAUUCUAUGGUAUCGUCUCUCAAUGAGAACGCCGCCACUAUCAGAGUUCAUUUGAUUCGAUUCGUGACCCUGUAUCGCAAUGCGACCGACUCUCCGAAGUACCUCAUCGAACGGAAGAUUUCCUGCGAGACCAGUUGUACACAUUUCGCUGAACAGUCAUGGACCAAGUCGCUUGCGUCAAUCUCAUCCCCAAUUGGAAUCUCAUUGCCGGACCUCCUCUCGUUGGCUACAUUCUGAACACUCUCUUUAUGGGCAUGCUCGUGGUCCAGGUUUACUACUACUAUCUUUGCUUCCCAACGGACAAGAUACAAUACAAGAUAUUGGUCUACUCCAUGCUCAUCAUCGAGAUAGUCCAGUCGGCCUUGAUGGGUAAAGACGUUUAUGACAACAAUGUCACUUUGUGGGCCUCAAACAAGAGCUGGACUACUUUCGGGACAACUUGGUUCAGCUUUUCCAUCCUUUGCGGCGUCAUUGCAACCACUGUACAACUUGUCUUUGCCAACCGCCUCUGGAUCCUUUCGAAGUCACGAAUCUUGACCGGAAUCGUUGUAUUUCUUGCUGUGGCUCAGGGCGCUGCCGCGGUUGCCACAGGAAUUAAGAUGAAGAUAGUCCCGGCGUUCUUAGAUCAAAGUGCCAUUUUUCCGUACAGGACGUCCUGGCUCGUACUGAGCGCUGCGGAUGAUAUUAUCAUUGCAACUGCAAUGACGUACUAUCUUCUCAAAGCCAAGACCGGGAUAAAGAGCACAGAUGCAAUGAUCGACCGUCUCGUUUUCCUCGUAAUCGAGACCGGAACGGCGACUGCGGUCACUGCAAUAUUGGACAUUGCCUUGUUUCUGGGCAGAAAUAAAACCACUUUGUACGGCGCUGCCGGGGCAUUCCUCACCAAAUUAUAUUCCAACACGCUUCUCGUUGGUCUCAAUAACCGCGCCAUUGCAAGGAAAACUAGAAUAUUCCAGACUGCAAGCGACGAUACCGCAGUGGAGGAUUUGAAGGCUUCUGAUGUGGUUCAUGUCAGAGGUUUUCAUAAUACUGAUACUACCGUCGACAGCAUUGGCAUGAAGGAGAUUUCUGUGUAAUAAUGGUGGAUUUGGGGCGUAUUCUAAGUGGGGGGUGCGGUGGUAGCAAGGAUUUGGUGCUUCUGUACCAGCCCUGUAGCUUAAACUGCAGAAUUUAUGUCUAUUUGCGGGACUAUGAUUAAACCGUUGAACGAGAC